GAGCUGGUGGCCGAGCUCUUGGACCCCCAGGUGCAGCGGGAAGCGCAGGACCGAGCGGCGGCGGCUCCAGAAGAGGCCUUGGACGAAAAAGUUAUUGUGGAGUGUGCCACCACCACCACGGCUGCCACGGCCGCCUCCGGGACAGCUGCGCUCCUGAGCAUCCCCAGGGCAGCGUGCUGGAAGUUACUGCCAGCUAAACCCAGCCCUCAGCAAGUCCACCUCCGCCUCCACACCUUCAGGGUGAGACCCCUCCAGAUCCAAGCCGGACUCCAUGGCUGAGCAGUUUAACUGCCACUACUGCAAGGCCUCCCUGCACGGGAAGAAGUACGUGGAGAAGGAUGACCACCACUGCUGCCUGGACUGCUAUGACGAGCACUGCGCCAACACCUGCAUGGAAUGCCACCAGACCAUCGGUGCAGAAGCCAAGGAGGUCCACUACAAGGAAGGCUUCUGGCACGACACCUGCUUCCGCUGUUCCCAGUGCCAGCACCCCUUAGCCACCGAGAGCUUUGUGGCCAAAGAGAACAAGGUCCUGUGCAAACAGUGCCACCUGCUGGAGUGCGCCCACAAGUGCAAGGGCUGCUCCCAGCCCAUUAUGCCAGGAGAUCAGAACGUAGAGUACAAGGGGACCGUGUGGCACCAAGACUGCUUCGCCUGCAGCAACUGCAAGGAAGUCAUCGGGACGGGUAGCUUCUUCCCUAAAGGGGAGGAAUACUACUGCAUGGCCUGCUAUGAGAGCAAGUUUGCCAAGCACUGCAUGAAGUGCAAGAAGGCCAUCACAUCCGGAGGAAUCACUUACCAGGACCAGCCCUGGCAUGCCGACUGCUUUGUGUGUGUCACCUGCUCGAAGAAGCUGGCCGGGCAGCGUUUCACUGCUGUGGAGGACCAGUACUACUGCGUGGAUUGCUAUAAGAACUAUGUGGCUAAGAAGUGUGCUGGAUGCAAGAACCCCAUCACUGGGUUUGGCAAAGGCUCCAGUGUGGUGACCUAUGAGGGACAGUCCUGGCACGACUACUGCUUCCACUGCAAAAAGUGCGCCCUGAAUCUGGCCAGCAAGCGCUUUGUCUUCCAUCAGGAGCAGGUGUAUUGCCCUGACUGUGCCAAAAAGCUGUAAAGCGAAGGGGCUCUUGCCCUGUAAAAUGGAA